AUGAUACGAAAUGCGGAAAUUGGUAGUCAUGCACAACGAAUAGCCACUGCUGCUACUGCUGCUGCUGGUGGUGGUGCCAGAGGAAGAGACGAUCAUCGUGGUGGAGCAAAGAAAACGGUUGUUGAAGUCCGACGGCCAUCAUCCUAUCCAGAAACCACUGCAGUACAGGGUAGUGGCAGUGCUGCAGUUGUUAAGCCAUCACUGAGAAAUGAGGAAGUAAGUUCUGAAGUACAAGCACCUGGUACAAAUGUCAUAUCAGCUCGACCGCUUCCAUCACCGCCAUUAUCGCCGAAAUCGUUUUCACGAUAUAGUGCCGUAGUGGCCGCACAAGCUAUUGAGAAUAGUCGAAGGCAGGAACCAGCCUGGAGUAGAGCGGGAGCACUGGAACGAAAUCGGCGGCAGUUUGCAUCUGAGCAGGAACAACGACCGGAUCAGGGUAAUGUUGUGUGGGCUCGAAAAGGAUUGGAGCAGAGAAAGGAAAAAACGGGCAACCAAAAUGGUGUUGUCCCGGUCGCGCAUCAACAGCACCAUGAAGCAACCCCAACAACCAGUGUUCGGAAGGCAGAGCAGGAACAGGAAUACAAUUAUUUCGGUACAGCAUCUUCAAGUUCAUCGGAUUCCAGUAAAAAGGUGCAGCGGCGAAGCUAUGAAUCCAGCUUCUCCAGUGUAAAUUAUUUAUUUUUUUGUUUUGUCGCUUUUCUUACGUAA